GGUCAUUUCCUCUUACGGGAACGACUCCAGCCCAAAGUCGUUGUAUUUCAGCUCUAGUUUACUUCCCAGCACUGGACAGCCGACCAAUAUUCUAGAUAUUCAAUAGCAAACCGCGGAGUGGAGUUUCCGCUGCCACUUGUUAAUCUUUAAUCAUUUUGUAAAAGAAUAUCCGUUGGCUUUGAGAGCAUUUACACGAAAUAAACAUGAAUGAAAAGGUUGUCAUUUUAGACGGUGAUUUUGCAACAGGAUUAGAAGCGGGUGGGUUUAAGAUCCAGGGAGAUCCCUUGUGGAGUGCCAGAUUAAUUCAUACGAAUCCCCAGGCAAUCAAAGAAGCGCACUGCAGGUUUCUUUCGAGCGGUGCUGAUGUUAUCUGUACAGCUACUUCUCAGGCGAGUGUGGAGGGCUUUAUGAAGUUCCUGGGACUGAGCUCAGAGCAAACUGUCCAGCUUCUCAUGUCAGGGGUGUAUCGUGCUAAAGAGGCAGCGCAGGAAUUUCAUCAAACCUGCCGUGAUCCAGAAAGGAAGAUGCUUUUAGUUGCUGCUUCUGUUGGACCUUAUGGUGCCUUUCUGCACGAUGGGUCAGAGUACACAGGGGCCUAUGAGGAAACAAUGCACUUACAGCACUACACUACUCUGAUUCGGUUGCAGGAUUUCAAAGCGUGGCAUUGGCAACAGAUCCUGCGCUUGGUGUCAGCCUGACUGUGGUGGCUGUUGUGGAACUACCCCUUCAGACAUUGCACAGCUAAAACAUCGGCUGCAUGAUCACAAUAACAGUCAAGAGGAUGCUGCAGUGUGAGGGACCAUAUUAACCAAAUACGAGACAGAAACAUUGUACUAAUAGAUUGUGUGAUUUCAAUGAUGUGAAUAAAAAUAUAUACCAACA